AUCAUACUCUAUAAAAAGUAUAUAUUCAAGAUGGCUGAAGCUCAAAUAAAUAGAACCUAUCUUCAAAUACUCCGAGAAAUCUUUCCUCGAACAAAUGAACAAAUGCUACAGGAAAUUAUUGAAAUUGUUGAACGUGAAAAUCCUUAUGAUGUGUUUGAAGGAAAAAUAGAAAACAUGAUAAAUCUACUAUCUGGCGACGGAGCCACUGGACCCAUGCCAAACGUAGACAUUGUAGCAAAUAAUUUAUUUUCAAAUUUGAUUUCUAUUUUUCCCGACGUUGAAGAAGAUUACUUACAUCAGUAUGUGAAUAAUAAACCAACAUUUUUUGAUAUAGAAGAUGCAAUUGGUGAAUUAUCGAUGCGUGACUUACCAUCAAAGAAACCUGAUCCUAUAAUUAUUACCGAACAGCUUCAGGCAGCUCUGCCAAAUGCGGAUCCCAGUUAUUUACAAAAUGAAGCUUGUAGGCUCGCAAAGUUGCCUCAAGAAGCUUUAGACCAGUUUUUAGGAGAAGCUAUUAUAGAUCACAACUACCCUACAAUGCAGGAUUAUCUUAAGAACAAAAAACACAAAGAAGAAGUGGCAAAUUAUAAGGACAAUUUUAAUUUGCAAAGGUUUUUAGAAGCUUUUCCGGACCCAAUUGAAACAUUCACUGGCAAAAAUAGACCUUCGUGUUUCGAUGAAAACUCUACAGAAUCUGACGAAAAGUAUGCUCUAAAUUUUUUAUAUAAUAGUUAUACUCGAAUUAGGAGGAAAUACAUCGAUUUAGUUUUUAAGUGGGAGAAGAAAAAUUUAGUAGCUGUGUGUAACAAAUUAGAUAAGUUGCAUAAUAGUCUGCUGCGGCCAAGACCGAUAGAGAAUGGCGAGGAUUCUACCAAUAUUACAUUGCUCCAAAUGAUAUCUUUCUUAAAGUACCGCAAACAAAUAGAAAGAGAACUAAAGUUAAAAAAUGAGGCAUACCGUCAUGCCAAAGAAGAAGCUAGAAAAUUUAAUCUCUUUGAAACCUGCCAGUGUUGCUUUGACGACGAGCUAAUUCCGGAAGAAGUUUACUUUUGUAUUAAAGAUUGUCCGUUCUGCAAGGAGUGCGUUAAAAAAGGCGUAGAAGUUGGUGUUGGCAGAGGUGAUACAAGGUUUCCCUGUAUGGCCGAUUGUGACUCUGAAUUUAGUUUACAAACGCUGCAGAUGGUUCUCCCCAACAAAUUAUUUGAACGACUUGCUCAAAAAAUUGCCUCUGAAGAAAUAAGAAAAGCCAACGUCGACGGUCUAGAAGUUUGUCCAUUUUGCGACUUCGCCACAAUAUUACCAGAUGAGGACAAAAUUUUCAAAUGUGAAAACCCUGAGUGUCUCAAAGAGUCUUGUAGACAGUGCAAACACGAGUCGCAUGUGCCUAAAAGGUGUAACGAAAUAGAAUAUGACGAAGAUGUGCAGAGAAGGACUUACAUUGAAAAUAAAAUGACAGAAGCUUUGACCAGGACAUGUGUUAAUUGCAAAAAGUCAUUUGUAAAAUCCAAUGGAUGUAACAAAAUGACAUGCAUAUGUGGCGCAAAAAUGUGCUAUUUAUGUGGCCAAGCAGUUAAUGAUUAUUCACAUUUUGGAGAUAGCAGAUGCGCCUUGUUUAGCAAUGACGUGGAGAUCAAUUUACAAAGAGUAUUAAAAGGAGCCCAACAGGCCAAGAAUGACUUGGGCAAUGUCGAGAUCAAAUUUGAUCCAGCUCUCAAUAUCCAGGAAUUUUUCCAGUAA